GUGUUGCCCCAGUGCCAGCUGAAGAUCCAGAAAUCAUAUUUCAACGAAAUAUCAUGGAGGCUAUGCCUCAAGCUGCUAGACAGAGACUCCAGCCGCAGCUCAUUGCUGAAGAAUGGUCAGCCCCGAUCACCCGAAGUUCUGAACUGAAUCACAAAGGUGGCAUAGCACUUUGCUACAAACAAGAACUCCCUGAUGCACUAAGGCGAGUUGGGUACACGCUUGAGCCAACAGCAGUGCUUCUUUCGCAGGAGCCAUCCUCAUUGGGUCUUCGUGCCUACCCUUCAGAGCUUGUCACAUGUGGCCUCAAGGUGACCAAAGACGAUGGAUCCACACAGAUUGUGCAAGUCGAAAGACACUUGUGUCAGCUUGGUUUCGGGGAGCAUGUUUGUAAAGUGGCUUCUGGUACUCUGGUGCUCCUCCCCACUUGCAUGCAUCGUUGUGUUGCAAAGUACCCUUCCUUUUAUGGAUGGACCAGUGAAAUGAUCAAUGGUUCUACCAUUGCUCAGCUUUUGAGCAAACACCUACCACAGGGUAGCUUCAGUGAGGUCGUGCCGAGACUACACGACCGGACUCUUUCGGCCACUUUCCGUGUGCACUCGGAUCUUCUUGACACGAUCCUUAAAGUCAGUGGCCUGGAUCAUGUCUUCUACAAGCCUCAUGAUUCGGAAUCGGUGAGACCAAAUAUGGAGUUGCUAUGGCUUCCUCAAGACGCAAAUCUCGAUAUUGCACUUGCACAUACUAAGAACAGUCCAGAUAUAUUUGGGGUGGCAAUGAAAAAUGCUUCAGCUCAGCCACGAUUUGCCCUUCGUUUUCUCGAUAUCACCAAACUGCAACAAUAUGCCAAGGAAAACUCCUUGGAUGAUGUCUCUCACUUGGGCCGUUGGAAACUGCAAGGUGUGCCGGUUCACUCUGGCCCGAUUGGUGCGCUCACUGUUUUGCAAGAUAGAAAAUGGGACGUGCGUGAGAUCAUUUACUUCAAUGCUCGUCAUUGCAUAUUCGUGGCAGCUGCAAGAGGUGACGCCUCACCAAUUUACUUCGAAAACGGAAAGCAUCGUCAACAACUCAGGUUUGAAGCCGUCAAUGCAGUUGCUCGUCAACAACAAGCAGAAGCAGCGCAAGCUGCUCGUCCCUCGAAGCCGGACAAAGUCGCCACAAAAACAGAUUCUGCAAAUGCCUUUUGGAAAAAGACUGCAAAGGAAGCUGUUGCGAUGAAUCAGCCAGGAGGUGGAUCCAAGAGGCCGGCUGACUCCAAGACCGGUCUCACUCCUGAGAAAAACAAGCAAAAAGCUGAAAACUCUUAACCAGAAGUUCAUGGUUUCACCCAAGAGCUUCGCCCUCGCAGUGC